UCUUUAUUCUCAGCCUCUUCUGUGUUGUAGGUAGACGUGUCUGUGAUGUGACUGAGUUUCAUCUUGUGCACAUUAUUUAUCUGUGGACGUUUUUCUUGUUUGAAGUCACAGACGAGAGCAGCAGCUACUAUGAGUGUAACUGCAGCAGCCAGUGGAUUUGUUGUCCUUCUUCUCACUGUGACAGUGGUACAGUGUGAGAAUGGCUGGGAUGUGAGUUACACUUCUACUGAGAUCUGUGCCUUCAGAGGAUCAACAGUGGACAUUACCUGUACCUACACAUACCCAUCCACAGUUAAUAACCUUGAUACUACAGUUCAGGAAACUGUCUGGUUCAUUAAAGAGAGUAAUGGGAUUCACGUUGAUCUAAGGACUGAUCCGGAGUAUUCAGGUCGUGUGGAGAAUCUCUGUGGAAACAACAAGUGCACUCUGAGAAUCUCUAACCUGAGAGAGAGCGACUCAGCUGUGUACAAGUUCAGGUUCACAACAAACCAACCUACUGGGAGUUUAACUGGUUCAGCUGGAGUCACUCUGUCUGUCACAGAUUUGCAUGUGCAGGUGAGCAGAUCUAUGAAGUAUGACUCUUCUUACUGGGCAGAGCUCAGGUGUCAGAGCAGUUGUCGUCUUCCUGAUCAUCUGAACUACGUCUGGUACAAGAAUCAACAGAAGAGGAAUGAAGGAGAAUCUUAUUCAGAUUAUUUCUAUUCUAUAGACAGAGUUUCCUGUGCCGGUAAAGGACUCAAGGAUUUCUGCUCUCCUUCAAUGUUGGUAUGGAGUCAGAUAGACUGGGGUGUGAGUUACACUUCUACUGAGAUCUGUGCCUUCAGAGGAUCAACAGUGCACAUUAACUGUACCUACACAUACCCAUCCAGGUUGAAUCACCUUGAUACUACAGUUCAGGAAACUUUCUGGUUCAUUAAAGAGAGUAAUGGGAUUCACGUUGAUCUAAGGACUGAUCCGGAGUAUUCAGGUCGUGUGGAGAAUCUCUGUGGAAACAACAAGUGCACUCUGAGAAUCUCUAACCUGACAGAUAGCGACUCAGCUGUGUACAAGUUCAGGUUCACAACAAACCAACCUACUGGGAGUUUUACUGGUUAUACUGGAGUCACUCUGAAUGUCACAGACCCUCAGCUCCAGGUACAUGUGAGGAGAUCAACAGCCAAUCCAUCUUCUACCUGGACAGAGCUGACCUGUCACAGCAGGUGUCAGCUCCCUGAUCAUCUUUCCUACGUUUGGUACAAUAACAAUAAACCUGUUGGACGAAAAAAAUACUUUUACCUCCGACACUUUAAUCCUGAAGACAACUAUCACUGUGCUAUAGAAGGACAGGAGCGUUUCCCUUCUCCUACAGUGUACGCUCCAAAGCCUCCCUCUGUGUCAGUGAGUCCCUCUGGUGAGAUCAUGGAGGGCAGCUCAGUGACUCUGACCUGCAGCAGUGAUGCUAACCCAGCAGCUAACUACACCUGGUACAAGGAGGACGAGGACUCACCAACAGCAUCAGGACAAAUCUUCACCAUCACUAAUAUCACAGCUGAACAUGGUGGAAAGUAUCAGUGUGAGGCCCAGAACACACACGGACGUAGUAACACCACCUUACAUCUGACUGUUGGAGCAGCUAGUAUUGGUUACAGGUCACUGGUUUAA